UUUACACUUUGGUCGAAGCUGAGGCUCACAACCUAAUUGUACAUUAUGAGCUACCCUUCAGCUAAAUUGUAUAGUUUGGCCAAGUAUUUUAAGAUGGCAUGGGUCGCUGUCGCUGAGAACUGAGAAGCAUGCUAAUGAUCCGGUGGCGGAGGGUCGGGGGAAGACUGUCCAAUCCAACCCCCUGUGCUCACCGGGUUGGAGUCCUGACAGCGACUUCUUGUUAAGAAAUGGGAUCUAUAUCAUUUCGCUCUGCUUUCUCGCAAGCUAAGCUACAAACGUCGCCGCCCGUCCGCAACCUCCCGCUCUUCCUUCUCGCAUAUAAACGCUCGCGCUCUCCCCUAUAGUUGCCGUCUCUCCUCCAAAUUGGUCUCGGGACACACUCCCCGACCCCCACAACCCCACCACCGUCGCUCCAUCGUUACCGCUCAGCACUAGUGCCAAUGGAAACGACACUCCUCCGUAGCAAUGGCCGCCUCCUUCCCCUCUUCCUUCUUUUGCUCGCGGUCGCUGAUUUCACGGCGGCGCAGGGGCCGCAGCAGACGAACGGACAGACGCCCUACACCAACUUCAGCCCGUCCAUGGCCAUCGUCAUCGUGGUGCUGAUCGCGGCCUUCUUCUUCCUCGGCUUCUUCUCCAUCUACGUCCGCCACUGCUACGGCGACGGCUCGAGCGGCUACUCCGCGAGCCCUGCCCCGAACGGCGCCGCCGCGCGGUCGCGGCGCCAGCGCGGGCUCGACGCGGCGGUGCUCGAGACCUUCCCCACCAUGGCGUACGCCGACGUGAAGGCGCACAAGGCCGGCAAGGGCGCGCUCGAGUGCGCGGUGUGCCUCAGCGAGUUCGACGACGACGAGACGCUGCGCCUGCUGCCCAAGUGCUCCCACGUGUUCCACCCGGACUGCAUCGACACCUGGCUCGCCUCCCACGUCACCUGCCCCGUCUGCCGCGCCAACCUCGUCCCGGACCCCAACGAACCGGCCGACGACGACGCGCCGGCAGAGCUGCCGCCAGCUCCCGCUCAAGAAUUGCCGUCGCCCGCGUCCGCGCCGGCUGCUCCCGCGGCGGUGGUCAUUGAUGUGGAGGAGACGGAGGAGCAGAGGAUUAUCAGAGAGGAGGCCGACGAGUUGAUGCGCAUCGGCAGCGUCAAGCGCGCGCUGCGCUCCAAGUCCGGCCGCGCGCCAGCGCGGUUCCCGCGCUCGCACUCGACGGGGCACUCGCUCGCCGCGGCGGCGUCCGCCACCGGCAGCGCUGCCGCCGAGAGGUUCACGCUGCGGCUGCCCGACCACGUGCUCCGGGACCUCGCCGCGGCGGGGAAGCUGCAGCGCACCACGAGCCUCGUCGCGUUCCGCGCCAGCCGGGGCGGUAGCACGCGCCGUGGCGCCAGCGUCAGGACCAUCGGCGGCGAAGGCGGCAGCAGCCGCGGCGGGAGGAGCAUCCGGCUGGGCCAGUCCGGGCGGUGGCCGUCGUUCCUGGCGCGGACGUUCUCCGCGAGGCUCCCCGCGUGGGGGUCGCGGUCGACGCGGAGGGGCGUCGAGGCCGACGGGUCGGCCAAGGGCGGCAGGGCGGCCGGCGCAGGCGCGAAGUCAGUGGAAUACGACGACCAGGCGUGCGCGGCGGGGCAACGUGUUUGACGCAGCUUGCUCUGUCGUGGUCAAUCGGUAGCUGCUAGGAAACUCUCGGUGCUUUCGUCGCCGACGUGGUAGAAACAUUUUUUUUGGCAUUUGAAUUUUGGAAGGAAAGAGCUUGGUCGCUCCUUCUGGACGCGUGUUGUAUUCAUUUUUUUUUACACAAAAAACCUGUAGAUAUAAUGGUAUACCUGACCUGAAUGGCUGAAUGGCUUGGAGCGCAGGAAACUUUCCCUGUUCCUGUAGAGUUCAGAAAUGAAAUCAUCUUCUUUCAAAUUUA